CACAACUCGCGCGCACGCAUUCAUUCCUGUGUUGUAUUCAGGCUUUAGUGUAGAUCUGCUGUGGUUCAAGCUGUCGUUUAGAUAGUUUGAGUGAAAAGAUAGAAUCUUUUCUCUGUAAUGCGUCGUGCGUGUGGAAUUGUUGUUAUUAUGUUCUCCGGCAUUUCAAGAUGACUUUUAUCUUCUUUUGCGUGUAUCUCACUCGGUUUGUUUGUACGUUGUUUUGAUGGCCGCGGAAAAAGUGCGAAUGAAAGAAUGUUUUCGAAUAUUCUGAAAUUUAGUUAAAUCGUGUAAAAUCUUCGUUUGACGCCGUGACGUGUUUAGCGCGUGAUUUACUCUUUUAUUGUGCCUAGAAUUUAUGUGGGAAAAGGAAAAUAUUUAAUUACAUCAAGCAGAAUUCCGAAGUGUUCAGUGUCCCGGGACAGUAGGAGACCCGUGGAACAUCAAAAGCCGCGCGCUUCGGGAGUGUAUGUGUAUCGAGUGUGCAUCUAUAUUUAAUGCGAAUAACACGCAGUGUGUAUUUCAAGAAAGAUAGAAUAAUGAACAAUGCAUGCGGUUCACUCGACCAUACCAAUAUCAACAAAAGCCGAGGCGGUGGAAUGCCAGAAAAUUUGCCAUCGAAGCAGUAAAUGGCUCCAGAACUAACCCGUCCGAGGAGCAAUGAAGGGUGCAAAACAUGUAAACUUGCCUUGGAUCCUACAUGAUUUGUGAUUCUGAAAAUCCUAUCUAAUAUACCUAAAGUCAGAAAUUUACCCGAACAUCCUCCUUUAAGUUCAUCCUACAAGUACAAAAUUUGGAGAUCGUCAAAUAUAAUCAAAUCCAUACAGCGGCAUAAUGGAGUGUAACAUGAAGAAACAGUAUUGCUAUUUAAUACAAUUAGCUUUAAUUUUAUAUUUAAGUUGUAUAGCCGGAGAGACAGUUGAACCUACAGUGCAGGGACCGGCAAAUCAGAAACAACAACGACAUCAUGUCUCGUCUGUGCUAUUAGCUAGUGGAUACGUUCCUAUAAUUAUAAGUAAGCCUGUUGUAGGUGUCGGAGGUGGUGGCAGUACUAGUAUGACUAAAAGCACUGGCAAUAGCACAACUAGUAGCUUGACAUAUAGUGCUGAUAGUAUAAGAAAAGCUAGUUUAUCGACGAGCUCAUUUCAAAAUAUAUCCGAAACUCUAGUGCCUUUAUUAGGGAGAAUAACAGCAGCAGUUGUUGGCUUACCACAAGCUAAACCGUUAUCAAACGGGGCAAGCACUAUGCCUAAAGUGGCCACAUCGUCCACUAGUUCUACUUCUUUCAAUGUCCUCGAUCUUGUAGGGAACCUCGAUGUUCGGUUAAAGCACAUACGAAACAUUGAGUUGGGCGUAACGUAUAUACAAGAAAUCUUCGACGCUAUCGGAUACACCGAUGCCCUUCGUCCAGAAGACGCAACGAUUAAUCAGCUCUCCCACAGGAUACAAGCUAAACUGGAGGUCGUGCAUGAUAUCCUGGAUAGCCUGAGUGAGUUCAUUGGUUCAAACAUUACCGAAACGCUAAGGCAACAAGGAACAAAUAGUUCAAACGAUGAACCUAACGUUUUUCUAAACACUUUGAUCCAGCCCUGCCCAUUUGAUGAUUUUACGCUCGAACAAAACUACAAUAAAAACAAGAUACAAAUCUUAAACUACUUGAAACUAAGUGGUUUCCGCGAUGUGGACGAUCUGAAUUUCACGAUCAAUAAUAAAAUUCUAAGUGUACUGAGGAGAACAGCUGAACGGAAUUCCUCCUCGAUCCCAACGCCAUCGGCUUCAACAGUGAGUGGUUUUCAGUCAGCAUCGGAAACAGGAUCAGAUGGAGGAAAGCCUGCACCCUAUUUCCAAUAUCAGCAGCAAGGAAUAACGUCAAAUUUUAAGCAUGUUUUCUUCCUAUCGCGUAAUGACCAUGCCAGCGACCAUAAUUGCCAGUACUAUUUUAAUGAUUUAAAUUUUCGCCACUUUUAUGCGGCGGCAAUUCAACAGAAACAUGUCUUCCUCCUUGUUGACUGCGGUAACUCUUUGACCGGGGAGCAACUUGAAUUAUCCAAACAGUUCGUUUCCAACGUAAUCCAGAUGCUCUCCGAAGAUGAUACGAUUUCUAUUGUGACUGUGGACAACGCAGUUGAUGUAAUCAAAUUAUCCUCAACAGAGGACUUAAUAUUGGGCGAACCUGAAAAUACUUUCAGCAAAACCUUCAGAUACAACGCGACCAUGGACCGGAAGGACGAACUACUUAAACAAAUUAGUUUUUUGACACCAUCUAAAGGUACAACCAACCAUUCAUUGGCAUUCGAAUACUCCUUUAAACUACUAAGGAAGCAACAAAUAUCCCGUGGCACACCUUUAGUUUUUGUCUAUGUGACGCGGGGCCUUCUAAGUCGUUUUACGGAGGCAAUGGCAGUUCUGGAUACUGUGGCCAAAGGUCAAGCUUCGCUAGCUGAACCGAUUGUAAUCAAUACGUGUGCUGUGAUUCUAGACGAAAAACGUAUUAUGUAUGAAAAGCAGUUUCUUCAAGACAUCGCCCAGCAAAACUAUUCAAAGUACAAUAUCGACGUAUCUGCUUGGUAUAACAUUGAUCAUCACAAAAUUCGUGGGAACAUGUUCGUUAUUACCAAGCGCCAUCCCGAGUUGAUUGUGAAAACAAGUUCUGCCAUUUUUGGAGCAUUUUUCAAACCUAAGUACGUGUCGGAUGCAAUCAAAUACCAUUUACCUAUUCUGGACUACAAUACUAAAGAUGUUAUCGUAUCAAUCACUAAACCUAUACCAUCAUAUGGUGUAGCCGGAAUCAACAUGUAUCUGAAUGAUUUGGCUGAGGAUAUCAUUUACUAUCGCAAAACAGAUACUUCGUAUGCAUUUAUAACAGAUAAAGAUGGUAUGGUUAUUUAUCAUCCAGCAUUUUCUCGUCCUGUUGCAACUACAAAAACACCCUAUCCGGUUGAAAUUGGAUUCCUAGAAAAAGCCCUGAAGCGCAACGAAUCUUCUAACGAGAGUCUUUGGACGCAGUUUGUAACUCUGCCAAAAGGAAAUGAGACACUCAAGCAAAAUAUCAGCAGUGGAAGUCAAAAUGUCACUUAUAUUUGGCAUCGUAUUCUGGACUCCUACAUAGUUUGUCUUGUAACAAUCGCUCGGACUGGCAACAGUCAAUUUUCGUUGCAAUACGGUAACAGCGGAACUCCUGAUAAAGAUACUCGCCGCUUCGAACGUUACCAUCGUCAGAGUAUGGAUUCUACUCCUAGUUCCGAAUUGCUCUAUCAUCGUAUCGAUUUGAUACCGCCGCCAAAAACACCAGUUUGUCGCCAUUUUCGGCAGAUUGCUACAUUGGAUACCGGAACAAUAUUUCUCUCCGCAUCAGCCUUUAAGUCGCCAUUUAUUUUCUUCAAAAAUAACCGUGAAAUCAAAGAUGAAACUCAACGAACGCACAACGCCCAAAGCAUUAUGGCAUACAUCAAGGAUAUCACCAACUUAUUAGCGAAUCCUGGUCUUCAGACGCAUAUUCGAAGUGAUGUUUCGGCUCUUAUUCACGUUAUGUCCUAUUUGAAAAAACGUCAUCUUGAAAACGGAGCUCUAAAAAAGUACAUCAUUAGACGCUAUGUGGCCACAACAAAUGGUGUACUGCAAGUUUAUCCUGGCUGCAUCUUAGGAAAUGAUCUGGAACCAUCGAGGCGACCAUGGUUUCGUAAAGCUGUAGCGCAUCCCGGUCGAAUAGUUGCAACGGAGCCUUAUUUGGAUGCUGGAGGCGCAGGGUAUAUAAUAACGAUAGCACACACGAUAUUCGAAGGGAAAGCGACCGCAUUGCACAAUGCUGACAAAGAUUUACCAAUAGCUGUUGUAGCGCUUGAUGUUCCAUACACGUUUUUUUAUAAAAUGAUUUUGGAAUCAACGCCGGUUUGUUCCGAACCGAAUAUUAAGUGCCUUCUAAUGGAAGAACAGGGUUAUUUGCUUGCGCACCCCAGCAUGAUGGAACCCUCCACGCCAACAAUGAAUAACAGGCGACCUUUGGAACAUAUUACACACAAAGAGUCAUUUGUGGCAAACGAUAUUCUGAACCAUAAAAUUCUGGUUAAAAAAAAGGCCUGCGCGACUUUCCAAACCCGCGUAAUACAACGGUACUAUGAGUUCAAUACGUCGUUAACUCAAGUCCUGACAAAUAAUGUGGUUCAUGGCGAGCGCACCAAAUACCAAAUCACUGCCGUAACAGGAACAAAUAUCUUUUCAGCAAUUUUAAAUUCAACAUGCGAUGGGGGAGCCUUCUGUCCUUGUAGUACUGUGAAUCGGAUUUGUUUAAAUUGUAAUCGAAUGGAUCAAGCCGACUGCGAGUGCCCUUGUGAGUGCCCUUUACGAAUGCCUAGUACAACGGCGGAAGUUUCAUCAAGGAAUCUGACACUGGGCUAUUGCGAGCCGGAAAAAGAGGGACUGGCUAUUGUAAACUCGCUAAGCUACGACUGGAGCUUAGUGGUAAAAUCCUGCGUAAACAUUAACUGUGACGUAUAUAGAACGCAUAUGGAAUGCCUUGGAAUUAUGGGUUGCGAAUGGUGUCAGCUUGAUGCCGAUAUGAACCCAUUCACCACCCCAUUUUGCACAGCGCAGAAUUCAUGUUUCAAUGGGUUGUUAGGCUCAACGACUCCCUAUGGAGAUGGUGAUAUAGGUUCGGCUAUUAUUGAAGCAGUCUCUACACCUGCCUACUCAGCGAUAGGACCAGUAGGCGGUACAAUUAUUGCGUUAUGUUUGAUGGUGGGUUUCGCCAUGUAUUGUUAUCGCCAGAAUCUGGACACUGGUUCAGAGCAUUUAUAUGAGGCGGAUUCCAUCCAGGACGAUAAUUAUGGUGUACCACUAUCUCGUCUUUAUUCCGAUGAUAUCUCACCGCAUGAUGAUAGUGAUUUGAGUGGAGGAGGUGGAGUAGGUGGAGGAAAUAUCAUGAAUAGAAACCAUCGAUUGGCUAAUGCUAUCGCUGUGAAUGAGGUGUCACCCUACCAUAUGUCUACUGGAGGGUACCGGAGACCUAUGAAUGGAGAUUCUGAUCAUGGCUACUCAACUAUGACGCCACAUGAAGACUCGGAACACAUGUGCUUCACAUUGGUCGAACCGCUCAUCAACAAUCAGAAACGUCUAUCUAUGUCGGCCGAUUCUAUGUCGAUCAAUACAUCAGUAUCUAGUCCUACCAAUCAUCAUCACUGUCAGCCAUAUCACCCUCAACAUAUUACUAUCGAUAGACCGCCUGGACUGGCCGUCCCCGACAUUCCGUCGUUUCCUCCAAAUCUUGGACAAGUACCAGUGACAGGUCUGUCAACACCGCUAGGUAAAGCCAACCGGGUUCCUGAACGAGGCUUCUCAAACAUGACGUCGUCAAACUUUCCACCUCCUGGGCAAACUGUUCUGCUUAAUAAUGGAUUUCAGCAGAUUUCAUCACAUCAUAUUUUAGCUCCUGUUACAGUUCAUCGACAUAUGGAAGCGUCAUAGCGUUCAGCAAAGUGUAUGUUUGCUUUUAGAUUAUUUAAUGUUUUAUGCCCAUGUUGACCGAUAUCAACCGUAUCCUUGCCUACAAAUAUACAAAGUUCGUUCUAACGUAAA